AUGAGAACUCCAGGAGAACAUGACCUAGUUGAUGAUGGAGAUGCACUUGAACUUACGGAAGAAAACGAAGGAAUUUGCGAUGAAAAUGAUAUGGAAUAUGAAGAAGAACAAGAACAAGAACAAGAAGAAGAAGAAGAAGAAGAUGAUGAUACGUUUAAUGAACAUGAUGGAGAGUUAGGUGACCCCCUUGAUAACAAUUCUUUAGAAGCUUCUCUCUUAGACGGCGUCAACGAUAUUAAUAAACCAGUAUUUAAGUAUAAACAUUGGGAUGAUUGGCUGAGGUAUACUAAGGGAGAUGGUAUGAAAGUUUACAAGACAGCUGUUGAUACACAGAAACAAAAAUGGAAGAGUGAAAAAAAUAAUGAAUUGGAAAAUUUUUUGUUAUACUUAGAAGGUAGAUGGAUGCAUUUUAAUGGAAACAUAGAUAAAAAUUGUAAAACUGGCUUUUUGUGGAGCACUAACAGAUGGACUGAUAAAGAUUGGAUUACAUGGUUUAAAAAGGACGGAUUGAAAUUUUUAGAUGGUCAGUUCGAAAAAUGGUUGGAUUAUAAUAGAAAACAAUUAUCUUUUUGGGUAAUGAAUGAAUGGAGAAAAUGGGUGUCAGAAAGAAGGCUUUAUCUUGAUGAUAGUGUAUGGGAAGCAAGACAGAAAUCUGGAAGAUUAAAAAAAUGGUACAAUUAUAUUAAUAAAAAGGAAAAAGAUAAUACUAAUAAAAUUAAAGUAUAUAUAGAUAAAUGGGAAAAAAAAACGAAAAAUAAAUAUAAAAAAUGGAAAAAAGUUUUUGCUAAAACAUGGUUAGAAAGCAAACAGUGGAAUGUAUGGCAAAAAGACGUACUACAUAGUAAAAAGGAAGUAGAGACAGAUGAAGAUGAUAGCGGAAGUAAUCAUUCUAAUUAA